CAUACUAUCCUACCCUCUUUCUCUAUUAUAUAAUUUCACCAUUUUCUAUAUCCUUUCUUCUUCUUCUUGAAGAAUAUUGAAGAACAAUAAAAAUGGCGGGUGGAGGAUUUAUAGCACAAGGGGGCAAGGAGUACCCUGGAAAACUAACCCUUUAUGUCCUUGUUACUUGCAUUGUUGGUUCCAUGGGUGGUUUGAUCUUCGGUUAUGAUAUCGGAAUUUCAGGUGGAGUGACAGCAAUGCCUGAUUUCUUGUCAAAGUUUUUCCCAUCAGUAUACAAAAAGGAAACAGCAGAGGAAUCAAAUAAUCAGUACUGUAAAUUUGACAGUGUAACACUAACACUAUUCACUUCAUCUUUAUAUUUGGCUGCUUUAUUUGCUUCUCUUGUGGCUUCCACUGUUACCAGAAAAUUGGGUCGAAAAUUGUCUAUGUUAUUUGGGGGUCUUCUUUUUUGUGCUGGCGCUAUUAUCAACGCAUUUGCUAAAAACGUCGCUAUGCUUAUUAUUGGUCGCAUUUUGCUUGGUUUUGGUGUCGGAUUUGCUAAUCAGUCGGUCCCACUGUACCUAUCAGAAAUGGCACCAUACAAAUACAGGGGAUCACUAAACAUAGGGUUUCAACUCUCAAUCACAAUCGGCAUCUUAGUAGCCAAUGUACUCAACUAUUUCUUCGCCAAAAUCCACGAUUGGGGAUGGAGAUUAAGCUUAGGAGGUGCAAUGGUUCCUGCUAUAAUCAUCAGUAUUGGAUCCCUAAUCCUACCCGACACCCCUAAUUCUUUAAUCGAACGCGGAAAACGUGAAGAAGCCAUGACCAAACUUCGAAGAAUCCGAGGUGAAAAUGAUGUGAAAAACGAGUUUAAUGAUUUAGUGGCGGCUAGCGAAGCUUCUAAGAAGGUUGAACAUCCUUGGAGGAACCUUCUAGAAAGAAAGUAUCGGCCACAUUUAACAAUGGCGAUUGCGAUACCGUUUUUUCAACAACUAACGGGGAUUAAUGUGAUUAUGUUUUAUGCGCCGGUGUUGUUUAAAACAAUUGGGUUUGAAGAUAAUGCUUCGCUUAUGUCGGCUGUUAUUACUGGUGGUGUUAAUGUUUUGGCUACUAUGGUUUCUAUUUAUGGUGUUGAUAAAUGGGGUAGGAGGUUUUUGUUCCUUGAAGGUGGUGUUCAGAUGUUCAUUUGCCAGGUAGUUGUGGCAAUUUGCAUAGGAGUAAAAUUUGGAGUAAGUGGGAAUGUAACAAACCUACCAGAAUGGUAUGCAAUAGUAGUUGUACUCUUCAUAUGCAUAUAUGUAUCAGCCUUUGCAUGGUCAUGGGGCCCACUAGGUUGGCUUGUUCCAUCUGAAAUCUUUCCAUUAGAAAUCAGAUCAGCAGCACAAAGUAUCAAUGUCUCAGUAAACAUGUUCUUUACUUUUGUCAUUGCUCAAGUCUUCUUAACCAUGCUUUGUCACCUUAAGUUUGGGCUCUUCCUCUUCUUUGCCUUCUUCGUUCUCGUAAUGUCGGUUUUCGUGUACGUUUUCCUGCCCGAGACUAAGGGAGUUCCCAUUGAAGAAAUGAGUGUUGUUUGGAAAAACCAUUGGUUUUGGGGCAAGUAUGUUGUUGAUGAACAUCUUGAUGCUAAUAUUGAAAUGGGUAAGAGUAUGGAUAAUGGUGUUUCUUCUAAGGGUGUUUAUUGAUUUAAUUAAACAUUUGUUUUAGUUUUUGUUUAGGGAUUAAGGAUUGUAUGCACAUAGUUGUAUUUAUUCCAUCACAUUGUAUUUGUAUUUGUAUCAGAUUAGCUCUUUCAUUGUUAAUCUUAAAAAAAAUGUGUACGGAGUUAAAAGUUUAAUAUUAAGCAUUAAAUACAUUGUUUAACACUUAAGUUCUUAAUUUUUAUGGCCUUUUGUUUGCUGAUAC